AUGGUAUAUGCUUUAUCUGAAUCACACAAGAAAUUAGUGUCUUCACAGUUAAGUGAAACGGAUCCGGAGGUGGAGCAGAUCAUCAGGGAUGAAAUUGAAAGGCAGAGGCAUUCUGUUGUGUUAAUUGCUUCGGAGAAUUUCACGUCGACUUCUGUUUUUAACGCUCUUGGAACGCCUAUGUGCAACAAGUAUUCUGAGGGUUACCCAGGAGCACGGUAUUAUGGUGGUAAUGAGCACAUUGACCGUAUGGAGUUGUUGUGUCAGAAGCGUGCCUUGGAGGCUUUUGGUGUUACUCCUGAUAAAUGGGGUGUGAAUGUGCAGGCUCUUUCGGGUUCACCUGCGAAUUUAGAAGUUUACCAAGCUCUAAUGAAGCCGCACGAUAGAUUGAUGGGAUUGUUCUUGCCUGAUGGAGGCCAUCUUUCUCAUGGCUAUCAGACUGAGAACAGGAAAAUAUCUGCUGUUUCAACAUAUUUUGAGUCUUUCCCAUACAGGGUUGACGACGAAACCGGUAUUAUCGAUUAUGAUACAUUGGAAAAAAAUGCUAUCCUGUAUAGACCCAAAAUUUUAGUGGCAGGCACUUCUGCUUACUGCAGAUUAAUCGACUACAAGCGUAUGAGAGAAAUUGCCGACAAAGCAGGUGCCUACCUCAUGGUCGACAUGGCCCACAUUUCUGGUUUAAUUGCAGCAGGCGUCAUCCCAUCGCCUUUUGAAUACGCCGACGUUGUCACGACUACAACCCACAAGUCCCUAAGAGGACCAAGGGGUGCGAUGAUUUUCUUCAGAAGAGGAGUCAGAUCAGUCAAUCGUAAGACUGGAGAGGAGAUUAUGUACGACUUGGAAGGUCCUAUUAACUUUUCUGUCUUCCCAGGGCACCAAGGUGGUCCCCACAACCAUACAAUCUCCGCGCUCGCUACUGCCCUAAAGCAAGUAGUCACACCAGAAUUCGUAGAAUACCAGAAACAAGUCAUCAAUAAUGCGAAAACCUUAGAAGUAGAGUUCAAGAAACUCGGGUAUCGUCUAGUCUCGGGUGGUACCGACUCACACAUGGUUCUAGUCUCUCUAAAAGAAAAGGGCGUAGAUGGUGCUCGUGUGGAAUAUGUCUGCGAGAAAAUCAAUAUUGCACUAAACAAAAAUUCCAUCCCUGGCGACAAGUCUGCCUUGGUCCCAGGCGGUGUCCGUAUCGGAGCCCCAGCAAUGACUACCAGAGGUAUGGGUACUGAGGACUUCUCCAAGAUUGUCUACUACAUCAAUGAGGCAGUUCAAUUUGCACGUGACCUACAACAAUCGUUACCUCAAGACGCUAACAGACUCAAGAACUUCAAAGCCAAAGUAGAUGAGCACCAUCCUUCCCUAGAAAAGCUUGCCCAAGAAGUCCACUCGUGGGCCGGCGAAUACCCCCUCCCCGUGUAA